CUCCUUUAGCCUUCCAUGAGAUAAGGUGAAGACUCCAAUUUUUGUUUUAACUAACUCAUCAUGCUGAAUCUCUAUAAAUUAGUGUGUAGAUAGAUAUAGAUAGAUGAGUCUUAAAGAGAAAAUAUCGAUUAGAAUGAUGCUAGCUUUUUUAGUUGUUAGCAACCUUACUCAUCCCUUUCGAUUGCCGAUUGGUAUGCGUGUUGGAUGAACCACAUCAUAAAAUUUAUCCAUAGAGCUUACUCUUCAACAUUCCAUUUAAUUUCCAUUGCCAGUGAAAGUCGGGUGUUAAUUGGUGCUUGAGCUAUCAAAAUAGAACCGACAUGAAUAAUCUGCCCAUUUCACCUAACUCAUUACUCGCUCACAAAUCAAAUUAACCGAAAGUCAAUGACACAUAACUGGUCUAGCGGGUAACUUGAUUAACCGAUUAAUUGGUUGAUCAGUAACUUGAUGGAGCCUCCACUUGAUUGACCUACAAAUUAACCCACAUCCCAAUUAACUGAGGAUCUGACUAACAUGUGACUCGAUUAACAUAGCAUGACCAACCUAAUUGUCCGAUUAAACUAUGAUAUAUGUAAAUAAACAUUUGAUUUAACCAAUAAUAGCCACACAACCAAAUAUCGAGUUACAAGGCAAGGGUAGGGAUGGUAAUUGAACUAACAUCUGUGGGAAUUUGGUUAAAGAAGGUAACUUGUCUGAUUUUUGGUUUGGUGGAUAAAAUCCACUUUGGGAAUGACUGGUUGGGUUAAGUACAAAUUUGGCUAAAAUUUAGCCUAUUUCCACAAGACUCGUACCCGAAAAGAAAAAAAAAAUGAUAUUGGUUUGCAUCUAAUCCUAAUAACAUAAAUAUUUCAUAGUUGUCAUUAAUUUUUACGAAAAUAUAGUUAUAGUAAUAUGGAUAAUUAUUGAUUUUAUAAUUAUUUAUAACAAUAUAGUAUAGAAAAAUGUCAUAUGGUAUAAGGAUGUGGGUGUUCAAAUUUACAGUUAUGUUCGUGAACCAAUGGGUACCUAUGAAUUCAUGGAUACCCAUGCAUCCGCUGAUACUUGUUGGAUCGAAUUUUCACUUCUAAUAGGUAUAUUAUUGAUUUUUUUUUGUGUGUGAAUCCAUUAUCCAUGGAUCCUCAAAUAUGGUAUGGAGAUGGGAGGGAACGCAAGUUAGGUGUAGCACCAAUUUUACCGCACUAGGAUAGGAUGUCCCAACGUAGGAUAAUAAACCAUUAAGUACUUGAGGGAUUAAUUUAAUAGUGAUGGAAUAUUAACCCUUUGGCAUUUAUGAAGGUUGGCACCAUUUACCAUAUUAUCGUUCACUACUAUGCAAGCACCACUAUUUAUUGCCCACUAGUCUUCAACCCAACACCUCAUGAAACAUGGCAACAGAACUACUACUGAUCUUCCUUUCCCUGGUCACCAUCUUCCUAUGCCACUGGCUGCUCAGAAACAAGCACUCACCGGUCUACCAAUGGCCAUUCCUGGGGAUGCUCCCUGGCCUCCUCUUGAGCUUCUACAACUCCACACUCCACGACUUCUACACCCGAGCCUUGAGGCGAACCGGGGGAACGUUCCUUCUCAAGGGACCUAGCUUCAUCAACGCCGACUUCAUGGUCACGUGCAAUCCCGCCAACAUCAACCACAUCUUCAACAAGAACGCCACCAACUUCGAGAAGGGUCGGGACUUCAAGGACAUAAUGGAGGCUGUGGGCGACGGGAUCUUUAAUGUCGACGGCGAGUCGUGGAAGUUCCAGAGAAGGCUCCUCCAUUCCUUGCUGAACAACCCCGAGUUCGAGUGUCACGCCAUGGAGACUCUCAAAAUGAAGAUGAGGACAACCCUUCUGCCGGUCCUCGACAAAGUAGCGAGGGCCGGCGGGGAGGACGAGGAGGUGGUGGAGUUACAGGAUGUGUUUAAGAGGUUCAUGUUUGACAACAUGUGCCUGUUGGUGUUUGGAUUCGACCCCCAAUACCUCCUCGUCGAGUCCGAGGCCGGCGGCAGGCUACCUGAGAGUGCAUGUGGCAAAGCAUUCGAUGAGCUGGGGGAUAUGGUGAUAUACCGAUACACGGUUCCGAUAUGCGUGUGGAGGCUUCAACGCCGGCUCCGUAUUGGAAUGGAGUGGAAGUUCAUUCGAGGUUGUAGCACCGUAGAUCAGUUCUUGUAUGGUUGCAUCAAGAUGAAGAAGCAAGAAUUAGCGACGAAACACCCCGUCAACAUUCAUGAUGCGCAUACAAAAAACAAGAUGGAUUUGCUGACACAAGUUUUGGUCAUGAAAGAUGAGGAUGGCGGCGGUGACGGAAAAAUCAUUGAUAAAAAAUCCAACGAGUUCUUGAGGGACACUAUGUUCACUUUAGUUGCAGCCGGGAGGGAUACCAUCACGGCCGGCCUUACUUGGUUGAUAUGGUGUGUAGCAAACCACCCCGCCGUGGAAAAAAGGAUUCUCGAAGAGCUGAGACAAGUAAUAGAAGCGCGGCCGUCAAAGGAAGUUAAUGAAAGAGGAGGGUUUUUGAGCAACAACGAGUUGAAUAAACUUGCGUAUCUUCAUGCAACCGUUUGUGAGACACUGAGGUUGUAUCCACCAGUGCCUUUCGAGCACAAGAUUGUUGUGGAGUCAGAUGUCCUUCCAAGCGGGCACACGGUUCGGAAAGAAGAGAGGAUACUGUUCUCUAUAUAUGCCAUGGCCAGGAUGGAAGAUAUAUGGGGAAAAGAUUGCAUGGAAUUCAAACCGGAGAGGUGGAUUUCGGAGAGAGGGACAAUACUGCAUGUCCCAUCGUACAAGUUCAUGACCUUUUUGGCUGGGGCAAGAACCUGUUUGGGCAAGACCAUGUCUUUCAUGCAAAUCAAAUCCAUGGCCAGUGCUCUCCUGUGGAAGUACAAGUUUGAACUCACUGAUAAUAGUCCCUCCGCUAGGACGACGGUUGGGAUGGUCUUGUAUAUGAAAGAUGGGCUAAAGGCAAGAGUCUCCAGGAGAGAUCAUUGAGAAUUAUAUUGCUGAUUUCCUAUUAAUGUAUGAUGGUAUGUUGUUGUCUAGUAAAAGUGACUGUUCCAUCAGUUUGUUAUUAUGUCUAGCUAGGGUUCCGUUAUUCGUGUGAAGUUUUCUUUCGUGUUAUAUGUUAUCAAUGCAUGCUAGCUACUUCUAUAAGUAUAGUUGUUGUACUCUUUGGCUGUUAUGAAAUAUAGCAUGUAUUAAUAAAUAAACAUUCAUGUGUUUAAAGAUUGAAAAUCAUCUUUUCUAUUUCUCCCACACACACAUAUCAAGAUUUAGUUCCCGAAGUUGUGAUGAGGGUUCCAGAUUAAUGAAUCUUUUGAUAUAAAUUUAUCAUCAUAUGCCCUUCAAACACAUCGCAGUCAAAUUGUACAAUUUAACUCAAAUUUUACAUUUAAUAUAAAUUAUUUUAUCACUUGUGAGGAAACUUUGCCAAGUUAGUGGACUGUGAAAGCAAUAGAUUAGCAUAUAUCAUCAUUCAUUCACUACUAAUAUGCAACCAUGGUACGUCUUCAACACCAACACAUUAGUAUUUUUGCACAUCAGCUAAACCCUAGCUGAAUUUGCUAUUGGAACAUGGCCACACAACUUCUUCUAACCUUCCUUUCCCUAGUGAUCUUCCUGUGUCUCUUGCUGCUCAGAAGCAAGAACUCACCGGUCUUUUCUAGCAACUCCAUAAAAACUUCAGGGUCAACUAACAAAAGUUAGGAAUUUGGAUGGAACCUUAAAGAUUUAUCAUUUUUUUCGUAUUCAAUAGGUUUGACUGUUAAUUUGCACAAAAUAAAAGGUUUCACUAUUAAAUUGUACUAACUCUAAUCAAAGUCAAAAUCUUCUAACUUGAAUGUUAAGGUGCAGACUGAUGUGGAUGUUGAAAUAGAACUCCGUUGAUGACAUCCUUAUUAGUACUCUUCAGGGAAACAGAGACUAACAUUUUGUAAUGUCAUUAAAAAAGGUUUACUAUUAAAUUGUUUGUCAAGAUCCAAUCCUCGAUGUGAACGACGUACGAAUGACUCUAUCAAAUAGUUUCAAAUUUACAUGGAGAAAUUUUACAAUGCUAUAUAGUAUUGGUGCUAUAGUAUUUUGCCUUUAUGGUACAACUUAAAAUUGUACAUUUACGUUAUGGUACAACUUUAGAUUGUACCUAUACUUUUUGUACAAAUUCUUUUAUGGUACAACUUGGACUUGUACCUUUAUGUGAUGGUACAACUUCAAGUUGUAAAGUUGUACCAUAACAUAAUGGUACAAAUUGCUUUAUGGUACAACCUAAACUUAUACAUUUAAUGUUACAAGAACUUUUGUGGUAAGCCUACGAGUAGUGGCAGACCUAGAAAUUUUACAUAGGGGUGUCCUCUUUAAAAAAAAAAUCGUAAAUAACAAAAUACCUUACUCGUACAGGUUACAAAAAGUUCAUGAUGUGUUUUCAUAUUCAGAAAUAAUUGUAGAAUACACUUGGUUCUACAGUGUUAAGAAGUUGUCCCUACUAAACAAUCAUUCACGAACUGAUCGCAUAUUUGAUUUGUAACUCAUUUUUUAUGUAACCCAAAGAUGAAAGACUCUUUUAACACUUGCCGUAAAACCAUAAAAUCAAUACAAAUUAAUGGUAGUUUGAAAUUAGUUUAUUAACUGUUAGCAUUUGAAAAUAAUUAGAGAUAGGAAUGACAAUUUACUAUUACACAAUGUUCUAAAUCGAACAACAAAUGAGUUGUAGGUUAAUGAAAAUUAUGUUUAUUA